GGCGCCCAUGGCCUUUGAUGCAGGCGUCGCUCCUCAUUUGCUGGUCGGUGAUCUUCACGGUGCCCUCGUGCGGUGCCUCUCCGACGUCCGCGCGAAGCACUUCCAAGGGUUGUCGCAAGCUGCUCGUGACCUGCAUCGUCAAAAUCGGAUCCCUAGCAAGGUGAAAAACCAGCUCCUCCGGCUUGACUGGGCCCACAACAUUGUUCGGCAUAUCACUGCUACUUCCGCUCGCGAAUUCUACUGCGAUGUUCGUGCAGAUCUUCUAGGUGGUGUUUCUCAGGGACAGCUGCACGAGGCCGGUUUUGAGCACGAUAAAGAGCUCCUAAAGAGCUCCUCGGAGGCGGUGUUCCUGACGCGGCUUGUGCUCCUGAAGCCUUUUGUGCCGAUCUUCAUGCUGAAGCUGGUAAAGAGCUCCUCGGAGGCGGUGCUCCGGAAGCUAUUCGUGCCGAUCUUCAUGAUGAAGCGGUUCGCGCGGAUCUUCCCGGUGGAGCGUUUCGUGCCGAACUUCAUGCCCAUGCUGUUUCUGCUCCUGGAGCUGUUUGUGCAGAUCUUCAUGCUGAAGCUGUUCGAGCGGGUCUUCAUGUUGAAGAUGUUCGUGCGGCUCUUCCUGCUGACGAUGUUCGUGCAGAUCAUCAUGCCGAUCCGCAUGCCGAUCUUCAUGCUGAAGCUGUUCAUCUCUGGGCCUCCGGAGCUUUUCGUGCCGAUCUUCGUGAUGAUGCUACUUGUGCUCCGGAUGCUGUUCGUGCCGAUCUUCAUGCUGAAGCGGUCCCGGAAGAUCUUCAUGCUGGACCUGCUCGUCCUGCUCUUCAUGCUGGACACCCUGCUGCUCUUCAUGCUGAAGCUGGUCGUGCGGAUCCUCUUCAAGCCCUUGGAGUGGUUCGUGCCGAACUUCACGCUGGAGCUGUUUGUCCUCCUGGAGCUGUCCGUGCCCUUGCGGAUAUUCAUGCGUCUUGUGCGGAUGAUGCAGUACAUCUUCCUGCGGAAGCUGGGUGUGCUCCUGAAGCGGGUCGUGCCGAUCUUCAUGAUGAAGGUGGUCGUGCGGCUUCUCACGCUGGACAUGUCCGUGGCGCUUUUCAUGCCGAUCAGCAUGCCGAUCCUCAUAAGGACGCUGUGCGUGCGGAUCCUCUCCAUGGCCGUGGAGUUCGUGCCGUUCACGCUGAUGUUCAUCCUGCCGACCCUCAUGCUGAAGCUGUUCGUGCGGAUCUUCCUCAUGGCCUUUAUUUUUCUGGGCAGGUUCGUGCCGAUCUUCCUGCAGGAGCUGUUCGUGCAGAUUUUCUUGCUGAAGCUGUUCGGGCUAGUCCCCAUGACGAUCAUUAUGCCGAUCCUCACAAGUUUGCAGCGGAUCAUCUGCUGCAUCUGGUGUCCCUGGAAAUGGCUGCUGCUAUAGCGGAAGGCGCCCCUGCUCUUCCGAUUCGGGGCCGUGGUGAAGUUCCCACUGAAUCUGUUUUCCCUGAUGAACCUGAG